UUCGGCAGAGCAGGGAAGCCUUUUAUCACCAGACUGAGGGUUGGAGGGCAUCUUAAGAGCAGAAAACUACUUGUUUCUUGAAUGGCAGGAACGCGUCGACGUUCAUCAUCAUGAAGACGUCUCUCGUCGUCUGUGUCCUCCUUGGCGCUGUCUUCUCUGUCAAGGCUGCAUCCGUUCCUUGGACUGUAGAGGCGGUCUCAAUCCAACCCAAUGUUCCUGCUAACACCCAAACCUCUACCGUGACGGGGCUUUACAAUGACACCACUCCGACAACGCGCCCUGUUACAACACCAACAACAACACCAAUAACUACCCCUGUUAUAACCUCACCUUACCCAGGCACAGCAAUGACUUCUACAACUCCAACAACAACAACACCCACCCCUCCGCCCACACAAAGCCAGAUCAUGUGUCCUGAUGGAUGGGAAUGGUUCAAGGGUCGUUGCUACUACUUUGUGAAUACCGCCAUGACCUGGCCUCAGGCUCAGUCAAACUGUGCCUUGCGUGAGUCCAUGCUGGUUUCCGUCCACAGCGUUCAGGAGUACGGUUUCCUCCAACAACUCACCAGAAAUAAUCAAUAUUCAGAAGCUUGGCUGGGUGGUUUCUAUCUAGAGAACCAGUGGUUAUGGCUUGAUGGUUCCUGGUUCUACAACAAUACCUGGAGCAGCGAAUCCCCGGACAGCAGCAACCCCUGCCUGUUGCUCUCUCCUUAUAUGGAAUGGAACAAUUCCCCAUGCAGCGCUGGUGGCUAUGCCUCCAUCUGUGUGAUAUACUCCAACGUCCCACAAGACAUGUUGUGUCCUGAAGGCUGGGCAGGGUUCCAGGGCCGCUGUUACUACCAAAACAAUGACGCUCUGCCGUGGCCGGAAGCUGAUGCUCACUGUGCUGGUCUGGAGGCCAGCCUGGUCUCUGUCCACAGCCCUGAGGAGUAUUUCUUCCUCUUCCAGAAGAGUGUGCCUAAUGGAUUCAACCCGACCUGGCUGGGUGGAUUCUACCUUGAUAACCAGUGGAUGUGGCUGGAUGGUUCUUGGUUUUAUCCGGGGUUCUACACUCAGAUGUCCACAGACAAUACCUCCCCAUGCCUUUCAACAUUCACCACCGAUGCCUGGAGCAAUUUCGACUGUGAUGUAAGCUUCCCCUCAUUUUGUGUGAAGAAUGCGGUUGUCUGAAGGAUGCACUUUGAAUCUGCAAAUCCCACAGGACUGACGAAGUAACAUAAUAUUUGAAUACAUAAAGUACACAUUUUACCCAAAUGUAUUCUUACCAAAAUUGUGUAAUGCUAAUUUCCCAAACAAAUUUAAAAGAAUCAUUCGUCA